UGACAAGCAGAAGCCAGCUAAAGAGACUGAGAAUGUGCUGGUAGUGAAGCACCAGGAAAACCAAGAGAUCAUGCUCAGUGCUAGAGGAUUCACAAGCAACCUGUACUCCUCAAAGAAAUACGAUGAUAAGAUGAAGGCGAUCUCUCGAACUAGCGACUGGGGCUCUUCCUUCAGUGAAAAAGGUGGGUGUAUGCAGACUCCUGAAUCUAGAUUGCAGGGAUGUGACCUAUGUAAUGAACUUGCUGUUUAUGGCUCAUCAUCUUCUUCAAUGACGCGAAAAAUAGUAACAACUAUUUUAUUUUGUCUCGGGCAAAAUAAAUACUUUAAUGGACUUGUUACAGCAACCUGAUUUUUAAAAAAGAAAAAAGGAACUUCCUUGAACUAAAGUGGUUAAGACCUCGAUAUUUGCUCACAGAAAGAGUCAUUGAGUCGUUUCUAGUUGUUGGUGGACAAAAGAUACAGUUGUUCCUUAUGGAAAAUUCCAAGAACUUGUACAUAAUUUGAGUCAUGCAAACCUGAGUUCUGCAUGACUGAGCUCUGUCACUCAGUGGUUGGGAAAUUUAUGACCAUCUCUAUGCCUUGGUUUCUGCAUCUGUAAAGUGGAAAUGAUAAUGUCUACCUUGUGUGAUUCCCGGAAGAAUGAAAUACAUUAUAUUCAAAA